AAUGUCUCUCUUCGUUUGUAAGCAGGUUGCGCAGCAGCACCUUAAUUUACUGAAACGUACUCACCUUCACGUCAUCAAAAAGAGACGAGGAACCGGACGAAGGAAGCAAUAGCAACACGUUUAUCCAACGGAAAGCUUGGUCACGUUGAUAUGGAUUCACUGUACGGACAGAUAGCUGUGGGUAUAUUGGCUGGAGUGGGCUGUGGACUUUGUCUUGGAUGGCACUUUCGCGCUCGCUUCGGCAACUCUUCCAGGGCUGUCAUCUCAGCUGUCGGAAACGGCACUGGAAAUGAAACAAGUGUCAUGGGAGAAAGCGGCGAAUUCAAAAUGAUUCUUGUGGUUCGAUCCGACCUGAAGAUGGGAAAGGGUAAAGUUGCGGCUCAGUGCUCGCACGCAGCUGUGUCAGCCUACAAGCAAGUGCAACGCAGAAACCCGGAGCUCUUGAAACAGUGGGAAUACUGUGGCCAGCCCAAGGUGGUGGUGAAGACCAAUGACGAGGACAGUUUGUUAGAGCUGCUGACCCAUGCUAAAGAGGUUGGGCUGCCCGUCAGUCUGAUCCAAGACGCAGGGAGGACGCAGAUUGCACCAGGAUCACGCACUGUGCUCGGCAUUGGUCCUGGCCCUGCGGAUCUUGUGGACAAAGUCACCGGACACUUGAAGCUGUAUUGAACAAUAUAACAAGAAUACUUAAUUUUCUGUGGGAAAUAGUUUAAGUAACACUGGGACUGCCUCCCAAACAAGAUAUUUUUUUUAUAUCAUAGUUGUAUUUGAAGCUGUCAUUUUUGUUACAUUGUCUGUUAAAAUCAGAACCAGAAUCCUAUAGGCCUAAUCGAGCCCAGUUGCUUAAGUGCCGUUAGUUGUGCUGGCUGUGGUUGACAUGACAUUGGGACAACACUGGUGCUGAGUUUAACAGGCAAGGUCCUUUACAUCGAGAAAUGUGACUCAAUGAAUAAAAUGUAAAUACAUCUACCACAGUUGCAAACAUGUAUAAAGAAUGGUGACAAGAC